AUGGCCCCACCAGUCCCAAAGGAAGUUGUCGCCAAGUUCGCCGAACACGGCUUCGAAGAAGCCUGGGUUACUGAGGAAUGGAACCUCUUCCACGAAAAGAACCCAUCUGGCAAGAUUGUCAAGAAGGACGCCAUGGCCAAGCUAAAGGAAGCCGCCGCCGCUCGAUUCCCCAACGCCAUCCCCGAGAACGUCGCUGAGGUCCUCUACCCCGCCUUCGACCCCGAGGAUAAAGGCGAGGUCGACUUUGUCGCUGCUGCCCGAGGACUGGCUGUUCUCUUCUGCUCCCGAAUCGAAAUCCGAGCUCAGCUCUUUUUCUCCCUCGUGGACGAAUCUGGCGAUGGCAAGAUCAACAAGGCCGAGUUCACCAAAUUCUUGGCUUUCGUCAACGAGACCCAGGCGCUGGGACUCUCUGAGGCCGAUCUUAAGGCCAUGUGCGACGAGAUCUUCACUACCCUUGGCAAGACCGAGCUCACCCUCGAUGACGUCCGAGACGUUGCCGCUGCUCGAUGGGGAUGCUAA